AUGGCAAAACUGGAGCAUUUCUCUCAUUCAUGCCCCUUAACCUCGCCGGACAUCAUAUCUGAUGGCAUCUGCAACAUUUGCUUCAAAGAAGAACCUGUCGAAUUCGCCUGUAAGCCUUGCAAUUUCGAUUUAUGUAAUUCUUGCUCCAAGCUUCCGCAGAAUAUAUCACACGAUUUUCACACAGAACAUCCUCUAGAGUUUUGUCUAUUCCAAUAUGAUCGAAAACCUGGAUACCUGAUCUGCUCUGCGUGUGGUAACAUGUCUUCUUGCUCAUUCUACGAGUGUAAAGAAUGUGAGAUCUGUCUUGAUCUUGGUUGUGCGCUCUUGAAUAACAUCGUCACUGGUUGGGACUUAAGAGAAAUGCUUCAUUACAGCCAUGAGCACUUGCUUAGAAGGUGUAGACCAGGACCAGACGCUAGAGGCUCUUGUCUGCUUUGUGAGCUUCCUCUUUCUCCUUCCUCGAUAUGUUACGGUUGCCUUUACUGUUACUCGUUUUUCCAUGAGCGUUGCCUCGAUCUUCCAACAGAGAUUCAACACCCCGUGCAUGCGGAACACCCGCUUAGACGCCUUGAUUACUUAAGAAGUGGUGGUCGAACAGUUUGUAGUGCUUGUAAGGAUCAAAUUUACAGUGUUCCGUUUAGUUGCUUAGAAUGCAAUUUCGACAUUCACAUUAGGUGUGCGGAUUCCUUGUUGCGCGGUUUGAUGCACAAGUCUCAUGAGCACAAAUUGUUUUAUGUAUCUUCAAAUGCUAAACAUUUAGUAAGAGGAGAUCCUUGUCAAAUAUGCAUGGGAACUGCAGCAAAUUCACUCGGUUUUUAUUACUACUGCAUCAAAUGUGAUUUGGAUUUUCACUUCGAGUGUCUUGGGAUACCCGAGUCAAUCUUCAAGAGAUCAUGUCAUGUUCAUCCGCUCGUGUGUAAAAUAAUCCCACAAGAAGAUGAUUCUUUGGAGUAUUGUGGCGUUUGCGAGACAAUGAUACACGCAGGACAUCAUGUGUAUUCGUGCCAAGUAUGUGAUUUUCUUGGUCACAUUGAAUGCAUUCUUCGUGAGGAAGAGCCCUCACCGUUGUACUUGAAAGAACUGUAUUCUUGUGGUGAAAACGUCAAAAGAACAACAUAUUGUGAAACCAACAAAAUAGAAAACAAACUUACGGUUAAUGAUAUCGGACAUAUUCAUGUGAUGAGAGAUGCGGACAUGUGUGAGCUUCGUCAGGAAGAAAAUUGCGACAUAUGUAAAUCAGAUAUACUUGGUAGUCCAUGGAAAUGCGAGACAUGCAGCUUCCAGACACACAGUUUCUGUGCAGAGUUGGGGAGACCAUCAAGACAUCGGUUUCAUUGGAACCACACAUUGACACUCUUGCCAAACCCCCUUGCUCGGGAUAUGAUGAGUUGUGACAGCUGCAGAGAAGAUAUAAAAGGGUUCAAUCUGUUUUGUCGAAUAUGCAGUUUCGUCAUCCACGUCAGUUGCGCCAUGAAAGGUAAACGUUUUCUUGGGAUGUUAGGGCCCAAAGUCGUUGGAACAUGGAGAGGACGUUGCUUGAAAGGCAAGCAUAGUAUGGUCCAAGUUAUGUUCUCGAGGUCGAAUCAAAUUGUUUGUGAUAUUUGUCAAGAGAAGGUGUCUGGGAAAGCUGUUUCAUGUACGCAAUGUGAAAAUCUUUAUCAUUUUCGGUGUUUUGACCGAUGCCAUCGUUCGAAAAACCUGAUCGAUGACAGUGAUUCUUCUUAG